UCUCGUGAGUGAGUUUGCAUCGCUUCUCUCUCUUUUAUUUUUUUGGCUCAACUCAACUCAGAGUCUGUUACUUACUAGUAGUACACUAGUUUCGUUUCAGAAAGAAAGAACCUGAUUCUCUGAACGCAAGGCACACUUUACUUGCUUCUCUUUUAUCUUUUCCUUUUUGUUUGUUUUUAUAAACGCCACACACAGACACAGACACAGUAAUCUCAUUCUCUUCCUUGUUUAACUCACUGCCCUGACUGCUUUUUGUCCUAAUAAUAAUACUAUACUCAUCUAUCUAUCUAUCUAUCUCUUCAGUAAAAAAAAAAAAAAACACAACUCCUAACCUUCAAAAAAAGAAAAACUCAACACUGAUUUUUAUUAGUUAACAAUUAAUGUGAAAACGAGAAAGGCGGUGAAGAAUUGGAAUGGCUAUUACAAACGUGGUAGAGAAGAAAGAGAGAUUAAGAUGAUGAAGAAGCGUGGAGCCGCUAAGCGACACAAUAACAAUAAACAACAACAAUCUCAAUCUCCAUCUUCCCCUGCUCAAAUAGGUUUGAAAGAUAUUAUUGGUGGGGACCUUGUUGAGAUUAAGGAUAAAUCAAAGAAGGAGAAGGUGAAAAGCUUAAGUGCUGUUUCUAAAGCAUUAUCAACCUACCAAAUGGCUUGCCAUGAUUCUCAUCAACCAAAUGCGAAUGCAAAUAAGUUUAAGCUUCCCACUAAGGUUUUCAAUGAAUGUAAUGGCGUUGAUCAUGCCUCUGUUCCGCGGAAGAUACGUUCAGCAAUGAAGAAGCGGGGUCGCGAAUCCACCUUAACUGAUUCAGAAAAGUUGAACCAUAAGUUCCACGGAAUAGAAUCUCUCCAAAAAGAUAGAAUAAAGAAAUCUAAAAAACAAGUUGUACUUGGUCCCAUCACAAAAGAUGAAGAAGAGGUUGCGGAGACACUCUAUGCAUUGGCUGGUAUGUUUGUUGAAAGUGAACUAAACUGCGAAUCGAUGCCAAAGAAGAAUGCUUCCGUUUUGCAGGACCAAGAGGAGAACACAACCUCUGGAGCUCUUGAGAAUGCUAAUCUUAUUCCUGAAAGUUCACUUACGGGAGAAGCAAAAUUUAGUUCUUUUAGUGAAACCAUCGGCGACGACGAACAGACCAAUAUUCCUGGGACUGCAGAUUCCUUGGUGCCAACUCAGAACACUACUCCAAAAAUAAAUCUGCAGGGUAUGCCGAUGAUGGUUAAGAGGAGUGAGAAAUAUGAUGGCAAAGUGGAAUGGAAUGACUCUGGGUUGUGUCUUGAAAUGGGAUUAAAUGUGUCUACACAAUCUAAAAUUUCACAUGUUCGGGGAAAACUAGAUGCGGAGUAUCAGUCGGCUACAGGCAUUGAUUGUAAGCAAGAACAGAGUAUAACCAUGUACCAAAGAGAAAAUGGUCCAGCAUUGUGGCCAGGCUUGACACCAAGCACAUCUGUUGCGAUUAAUGCUUCUUAUGCGCAGUCUUCUGCUGCAGCCAAAGCUCCACAUUGGCUGAAUGCUGCUAUUUGCAACUCCAAACAGGAUUUGAUGGAAAGCUGUUCUUCUGGUGGAAAUAUCACUGAAGCUGUCAUUCCUAAAAAGUCAUGGAAGAAAUGUGCAGCUCAUGUUUACAUUAGUCAACUCAUUCAAAGUUUAGAAGUGUCAAAUAGACAGGUUGCCAAAAAACCUGAGCUUUAUGAAUGUCAACAAAUCAAAGUACACCAAGGGUCAAAAUGUGGAGUUCUAAUCCAAGCACAAGACUCAAAUGCGACAAGAAAUGGAAAUGACUAUGCUGCUGGAACAGUUCAUUCUGCUAGUUUGGACAAUUCCCCUGAAACUAAAAAUGGUAUUCUUCAACAGAAGUGCAAUUAUCUCGACAUAUCUCAGUCUCAAGCUCCUCCAUUGCCAACUAUAUAUGGUCCUCAAAAACAAAGUUUCAACUUCUUGUCCUUGUCAGCUGGAGGUAACGGGUUAAAUAUCGAAGGUUGUUUCAAUAAAGGUGUAAGUAGGUUGGAACCAUUCUCAAAAUCACUAGUGCCUUAUUUUCGGUCUAUACAACAGCAGCAUAGUCUCAUGCCAAUGCCUACAACCUCAAGUCAGUAUAGCUCCACUUCUUACCUUGAUCAGCUUCCUGCUGCAGGACCACAGAUUCAGCCGCAGCAACCUCAUUAUUAUGGUAGUCCAUUAUGUGGAACUCAUUAUAGUUCAACAUUUUCGUAUAAACAGCAUUACCAAAACUUUUGGGCUGCACAACUAGUAGCAGCUCAAGGUGGGUCUGCUGUAAAUUGCAAUACUAUGAUGAGGGCCCAAUAUCCUCAUUUGCAAAGUGGGAGACAUGAAACUUCUGCAAUGAAUUCGGGUGCCAGAGUCAUGCUUCCCCACCAUUCAAUCUCUGAGCAACAACCCUUGACACUUGCUUCAUCAAUUGGUCCAUCCAGGACAAAUGGAGAAAGUAGAGGUAGGUUCCAUGGUAGCAGUGCCUUAUCAUUGCAGUUGCUGUGUGAUGAGCGUAUCUGAAAUUGAACACAAAAGGCAAUUUUCUGUUUGUAAAGGAAUGGAUUCAAGGAAAAUGGUUAUAUUUUACAAAUGCUGUUUGAAAAGCCACAUUAAUCAACUCGAGAAGCGAACCACAUAACACAGCUUGUGAGGUCCCUAUGCUAGAGGUGAUUACUGCUGAGCAUGCAAGGAGAGAAAAAAAAUAAAAUGCUGGUAUAUAAAUUUGAAAGUAUAGAGCUUCCUUCUCGUCUUCCAAAGGUGUAAAACCUGAAUCACCUCUUAACUUCCAAAAAACAGAACAAUUUUACAGAAAAAGACAUCUUGUUUACUGCUAAUUCUUCUGUACCUUCCAAAGUUAAUCCUUGUGAAUUUUUAUGCUUUGCACUUGGAGAUGCUCCUGUUAUUGCUUACUUGUGGAGUGCAUUCAAUGUAACAAUACAGAGAAACGCAAUUACCAAACAAAAAAGGACAUGUCAGGUAGCCAAAGAACCUAAACUGUAUUAACGUCAUUGUUUAUAGGAACACUUACAACUUAGUUUUUUUGGUUUGGUUGAUCGUUCUUAAA